AUGAGCCCUUGCGUGUAUUUGCUGCUGCGUUGGUUCAGUUACGUUCAGGUUGCACACGCCUUGCAGCAGCGCUACAUGCUCGAGGCUGCAGGCAGCCGGGGUGUAUGGGGUCUAGACGACUUCCACUUUCUCACUUUCCUUUGGGGCGCCGGCCAGCUCUCUGAACAGCAGAUAAUUGAGCCUGCUCAGAUAAUGGAGAGAGACCUGGUGCAGCAACUGGCCGGGGACCUUCUGUACUUCGACUCAAUCGAAUAUGUGCUGCAGACGAAGAAGGGCGCCCCCUUCUUUGAGUGUUCUCCCAUUUUGUAUGACGUCAGCGGCAUCAGCAGCUGGUGA